AAGCUUUAAUAUGCCUAUACAGUAUAAAGAAAAAGACGAAAUGUCAGUAUUUUCUGGCAAAUCGGAUAUAUCUCGAGUAAUUUUGAGAGAACUUCAAUCUAUAAAGAAGGAAUUAGAUGAUGGAGAAAUAACAAAAAAAGGAUAUGAAAAAAGAAGGAAAGAAAUAUUAUUGAAAUAUAAGGAUAAUAUGGAUUCAAAUGAAGAUUCUUUAAAUAUAAAUAAAGAGGUAUUCGGAAAUCAGAAUACAAACGGAAAUUAUGAUUUUGAAUUAAAAAACAUGCCUUAUGAUAAGAACAGUGAUCAUACAAAAUCAAAUAAUGAUCAGACAUUUUACAACCAUGAAUAUCUUAUGGAGGAUUCGUAUAAUUACAAGAACAAUAGAUCAUCAGAUGAACAAUCUAAUUCUAUUUCAAACAAAAAACUUCCGGAAUCUUUAAUAGAACAAGUAGGAAAACAACAAUUGCCUUUUAAACCUAGAGGCAUACCGUUUUCAGCAUAUGAUCGACAUGAUCCAAGAUUUCUUACGACUAAAUUUGACAAUAUUGCCUCUGUUUUUCGUUAUAGGAGUAAGAUGGCAUCAAAAAAGAAAGCAAUAAUUGUAUCCGAUAACAAAGGGAGAGAAAUGAAUAAUAUUACUUAUAAUAAGCUUUUAACUCGUACAGAAAAAGUAGCACAAGCUAUUAAAAGCAAACCAGAAUUUCAACGAGGAAGCAGAGUAAUCUUAAUAUAUAAUAAUUUUGAAAUUAUAGAUUUUGUGGUAUCACUUUUUGCUUGUUUUAUUGCAGGAGUAAUCGCAGUUCCUGUCAAUAAUUAUAAAGAUAUCACUGAAUUAUAUGAGAUCUUAAUAUCAACGCAAUCUCGUCUUAUUUUAACUACUCAUAUAAAUCUAAAGAAUCUCCAGAAAAGGCUGAUAGAUAGAAAAUUACAAUUGCCUUAUGUGAUAGAAUGGUGGGAAACCAACAAUUUUGGCGGCUUUUACAGCAAAAAAAAGCAUAGUAGUGCACCUUUACAAACUCAUGAUUUAGCCUAUAUUGAGUAUUCACGUUCACCUACUGGGGAACUUCGUGGUGUGGUUAUACCUCACUCUACUAUUGUAAAUCAAAUGAUCAGCUUAAGUACCACUAUUUCUAGUACUCCGAAAAAUAUAAAAAAACAAAUGUCAAACAAAAAUUCUAGCAAAAAACAUUCCACUACUGAAGAUAGUGAAGUCUUUAUUACAUAUCUGGAUCAAAGACAAGCAAUAGGAUUGAUUUUUACUAUUUUUUUUUCUAUUUAUAGUGGAAGUACAACAGUAUGGUGUUCUCAAAAAGCAGUUUCUGUUCCUGGUCUUUGGGCAAAUCUUAUUACUAAGUAUAGAGCUACUAUGAUUCUUGCAAAUUACCCUGGAUUAAAAACAGUAACAUACAAUUAUCAGGAUGAUCCAAUGCAAACUCGUAAAUUUAAGAAAAAGUAUCCUAUUGAUUUUUCCAGUAUUCGUCUUUGUUUAAUAGAUUGUGUUUGUGUUGAUCCAGAAUUCCAUGAAAUAUUAGCAGAUAGAUGGCUAAGACCUCUUGGGAAUUCUAGACCAUGGGAGGUUUUAUCACCUAUACUUUGCCUUCCAGAACAUGGAGGUAUGGUUAUUUCUAUGAGAGAUUGGCUUGGCAGAGAACAGCAAAUGUUAUCGGAUUUCACAGACAACCAUAAUAUAUCUACAAAUAAUGAACUGGCUCAAGUUCUAUUGGACAAAGAAGCUUUGAAAACCAAUAAAGUGGUUAUACUUUCUGAAGAAAAGAACAUAAAAGGUAAAUAUGACGAUUUAGAUGCUGUUACAGUUGGAUCAUUUUGGUAUCCAAUAGCAGAUACUACACUUGCAAUUGUUGACCCAGAAACAUCAAUAUUUUGUAACUCGAAUGUUAUUGGAGAAAUCUGGGUUGAUAGCCCUAGUUUGAGUGGAGGAUUUUGGAAUUCACCACAGCAAACAAAAUCUUUAUUUCAUGCAAAAGCAUAUAUGAUUGACGCCGAAACUUCUAAACAAGUUGUUUAUAAUCAAGAAUUUCUAAGAACAGGUUUACUUGGUUGUAUGAUCAAAGGCCGUAUUUAUGUACUAGGAUUAUAUGAAGAUAGACUUCGACAACGAAUUGUAUCAAUUCAAAAUAAAGAUGCAAUAGAAUAUAGGUAUCAUUAUGUUUCUCACUUAGUCCAAACUAUUAUGAGGAAUGUCCCUCAUGUAUUUGAUUGUACAUCAUUUGAUAUUUUUAUCAACGGAGAAUAUUAUCCUAUUGUUGUUCUCGAAUUUCCAGCAUCAAUUAUUACUCCAGAUCCAUCAGAACAAUCGAAUACUUCGAAUCAUAACAUUUUGGAUGCUAUUACACAAAAAUGUAAAAAGGCACUUUUAAACUCACAUAAUAUCAAAGUAUAUUGUAUAAUGAUGGCCUUAUCGAACACAUUGCCUAGAGUAAAUAAAAAUGGACAUAAAGAAAUUAGUAACAUGCUUUGUCGAAAAGGAUUCGAAUUAGGCACACUACCGUGUGAACACGUCAAAUUUUUAAUCAAUGAAGUAACACUUGAUUUACCUGUCGGGGAAGAUCCAAUUGGGGGAAUUUGGUCAAAGGUAGCCACACAAAAGCGUCAGGAAUUAUUAUGUUCAGAAAAGAAACAAUAUAGCGUAGGAGAUGAACGAACAUUAUCAAUGGAUGAUCAAACUUUAAUAAAUUUAUUUGCCUAUGGAAGUAUAAUAGAUGUUUUACAAUGGAGAGUAGCAAGCCAAAGUGAUGAACUUGCUCUUUCUGUAAUAGAUAGCAAGGGUAGAGAUAGAGGCGUCACAUGGAAAAAGUUGGAUUUAAAAAUUGCAAAUGUAGCAAAUUAUCUUAAAUUUAAAAUUAAACUUCAAUCAGGAGAUCACGCUAUUUUGAUGUAUACACAAUCAGAUGAUUUUCUAUAUGCAAUACAUGCAUGUUUUUGCCUAGGAAUCAUUGCAAUUCCAAUACCUCCACUUAAUACGUCUCGACUUUCAGAAGAUAUUCCAUCUUUUCUAGGUGUAAUUUCGGAUUUUAAAAUCAAAGCUGUUCUCGUUAAUAACGAAACAGAUUCAACAUUUAAAAGCAAAUUAUUUUCUUAUAACAUUAAGCGUUAUACAUCUAUAGCAAAAAUAGUUCUUCCUAAUAUAAUUAAUACGUCAAAGUCUCCCAAACAAACAUUAGGAUGCAUAGAAUCCGGAUUUAUGUUAGAUCAGGAAUGGAUAGAUUUGAAGGUUCCUGCAUUAAUAUGGUUAUACUGGUCUCCUGAUCGACGACGUACAGCUGUAGAAUUGGGACAUGAAACUAUCAUGUCUUGUUGUAGAAUUCAAAAAGAAACAUGUCAAAUGUCUAGUUCCCGGCCUCUUCUUGGAUGUAUGCAGGGAACGUCAGGAAUAGGAUUUCUUCAUUCAUAUAUUUUAGGAAUAUAUAUAGGUGCAACUACGUAUCUUGUAUCACCAAGAGAUUUUAUUGCCAAUCCGUUGAUUUUAUUUGAUUCUAUUGCAAAGUUUAAAGUUAAAGAUACUUAUAUAGCCCCAGAAGCUUUAAGUGAUGCUAUUGAAGCUAUUCAAACAAAAGACACAUGUUUACAUGAAUUAAGAAAUUUAAUGAUAACUUUCAAUAGUCGACCUCAAUUUGAUUAUUUCCAACGAGUAAAAAGCGAUUUUUCAGAAUCGAUAUUAGAUCCUAAUUCUCUAAGCAAUGUAUAUUGCAACGUUUUAAAUCCCAUGAUAACAACAAGAUCAUACAUGUCUAUAGAACCUAUACAUUUAUAUCUAAAUAUAAAAAGUCUACGACAAGGAAUCAUUGAACCUAUUGAUAUGAUUCACGAUCCAUUUGCUCUUCUUUUGUAUGAUUCUGGAAUGGUUCCUGUAUCUACUCAUAUUGCUAUUGUUAAUCCCGAAACAUGUGAUUUAUGUUCUGAAGGAGAAUACGGAGAAAUUUGGGUAGCAUCAGAUGCCAAUAUGAAAUCAUUUUAUGGAUCGAAAAAUAAAAUAGAUUUAGAAAGAUUCCGUGGGAUUUUAACAAAUAAUAAUCGGAAAGACAUUUAUGUCCGUACUGGUGAUUUAGGAUUUUUAUAUAACGUACAAAGACCAGUAGGACCAGAAGGAUUACUUAUUGAAAUGCAAUCAUUAUUUAUUUUAGGAAGUAUUGGUGAUACUUUCGAAGUUAAUGGACUACUUCAUUUUCCAAUAGAUAUCGAAUCGUCAGUAGAAAAAUCACAUAAUAAUAUUUUGCCUGGUGGCAGUGCUGUAUUCCAAACAGGCAGUUCUAUUAUUAUCCUUAUUGAAGUUAAACAUAAAUCAAAUUUGCCAUCUAUAGUACCUGUAGUUGUGAAUACAGUUUUGAACAAACAUCAAAUUAUAAUAGAUACAGUAGUCUUUACAGCAAAAGGAAAUUUUCCUAGAUCAAGAGUUGGAGAAAAACAGCGUGGAAAAAUCUUGGAAUUAUGGUUAACAAAAAAAUUAGAAUUACUUGGCGAAUUUGUUAUCCGAGAACGACAAAACAUUAUUCCACAAACUCUUAAUUCAAGAAAAAAUUCAAAAGUUAAUUCUAUUUCGUCUCAUAAAACCUAACAAAACUGAAAAUCAAACCAAUUUGUGUCAUAAAUAAUAAUAGCUCGCGAUAUUCAAUUAUUUAUGCGAUAAUAUAUAUCCAAUUUAUCAUUAACUUCGAUAUUUUUUUUUUUCUAUAUCUUCAAUUAACCACUUAAACGCAUCAUACAACUUUAAUCCUAAAAGUGCGGAUACUUUAAAAAUAUUAUAACUGUGAGAAGUAAUAUCUUCUAA